CUGCUAUUUAGUUUUUUUUGCCGUUUUAAUCCUCUUGCUGCUUUCACUAGUUAAUUUAAAUGGUCAUGCAGAGUAAAAAAUGAUUUUUUUCUCACAAUAUUCUAUAUAGUCUGCUAUUUUCAAUUAGUAUGAGCUCAUAAAUUCUACCUGCACAAUAAAAGAAUUAACAAAAUGUUGUUUAAAGUAGUUUUCCUGCCAGCUACCCAUAAAAAUCUUCUCUUUUACUUGUAUUGAAAUUCAUCCACUGUAUUGUCCCAACAUCACACUAUUUCCACAUCCUGACCAGCUCUCACCUCUCUCUUCUCCUUCAGCCUGUUUAGGAAACCCUUUGAUGGUGGGAAGAGGACGAUGGAUCAUGGCAGUCAGCAGCCACAGACUCCGCAGAUGCCAGGACCCUUCACAGGUUAUGCGGGACCCCAGGGCCCAUACCCUGGGCAGCACCCAGCCCUGUUACGGCUGGACGAGGUGCAAAGGGAGAUUGCCACCCUGGGUCCACAGGUGUGCUCUUACAGCGGCCUGCAGAGCGACAGGGAGUACAAACGACUGGAGCGAGAGCUGACCCGAUUACUGCUGGAGGUCGAUAAGGUGGAGACGGAGGGCCGGCCGGAGCUUCAGCAGGCUCGGAAGCGUGCGGCAGGAGAGGUGGAGGGUCUGCUUCGCUACCUGGAGGGCAACGCUACGCAUCCGUCUCGGCUGGCCAUUGAGGAGCUGACCCAGGAGGUGCAGAACUUGCUGAAUGAAGGGGUUGUGGGGCCGUUCCGGCAGGGCCAGGCUCAAGAUGCCUUUGAGAUCAGUGAGGAGCUGGUGGAGGCUGUGCAGGAUGUGGCCAUGCGGCUGGCUCAGGUUAAGACGGGUGGAAGUGUCCCUCUCAGGAAGGCCCGUUACAAAGCGCUGACACGGGUCUGUGCCGUACAGGAAUUACUGGAGGGUCGUGUCCGCACUCAAACGCUGGCGCUGCCGUUGUCUGAUGACACGCAUGAGGCUGUGCAGCGUAUUAAUCAAGUCAUGGCGCAGGUGAGUGGUAUUUAUAUAAUUCACAAUCCUGCAUCUUAA